UUUUGUGUGAACGAGCGUGCGGCUAGGAAUUAAACGCGGAUCGAAAAUAAGAAUAAAUAGUUGAAACAAUCAUGACGGACCUGCUGAAGAUCACUGAUGCAAUCGUUCUGGAGUACCUGCAGUCCAAGGACAAGAACCUGGCCAAGGUUUACCAGCAGAAGACGAAGGCGGCCAGCGUAGCUAAGAGCACGCCAAAGCUGACAGAGAUUGUGCAGUUCUACCAGACGAAGAGCACCACCAAGAUUCCGGCCAUCAAAGCGACGGCGGCUAACAGCAGCGAUGAGAGCGACUCCGACUCCGAUGCGGAAGAGGCCCCCAAGAAGCCAGCAGCCGCGGCGGCUCCACUGACCAACGGCAAAUCCGCCAAACCGCAGGCCUCUAGCAGUGAGGACAGCAGCUCCGAGGAGGAGAAGAAGCCAGCGGCAAAGGCCACUCCGGCCAAGGCAGCCCCAGCCGCCAAAAAGGCAGAUUCGUCCAGCGAAGACAGUUCGUCGGAAGACGAGGCACCCAAAAAGGUAGCGCCAGCAAAGGCAACUCCCGCCAAGAAGGCAGCCUCGAGCAGCGAGGACAGCGAUUCCGAGGAGGAAAAGAAGCCUGCAGCAAAGGCCACUCCGGCCAAGGCGACACCUGCCAAGAAGGCUGCUUCCUCCAGCGAAGACAGUUCUUCGGAAGACGAGGCACCCAAGAAGGCAGCGCCAGCAAAGGCGACUCCCGCCAAGAAGGCAGCCUCGAGCAGCGAGGACAGCAGUUCCGAGGAGGAAAAGAAACCAGCGGCAAAGGCCACUCCGGCCAAGGCUGCUCCGGCUAAAAAGGCUGCAUCCUCCAGUGAGGAUAGCGAUUCCGACGACGAGCCAGCCGCUAAAAAACCUGCGGUCCAGGCUGCCGCUAAAACUGCCGCUAAGCCUGCCGCUUCCAGCAGCGAGGACAGCGAUUCCGAUGAUGAUAAGAAGCCCGCAGCAAAGGCUCCGGCCAAGGCAACACCGGCCAAGAAGGCUGCAUCCUCCAGCGAAGACAGCUCUUCGGAAGACGAGGCACCCAAGAAGGCGGCUGCUCCAGCCAAGGCCACACCAGCUAAGGCUGCUCCCGCCAAGAAGGCUGCAACCUCCAGUGAAGAAAGUUCGUCGGAAGACGAGGCACCCAAAAAGGCUGCUGCCACGCCAAAGCCCACACCAGCCAAGAAGGCCGACUCAUCAUCCAGUGACGACAGCGACUCGGAUGAGGCUCCCAAGAAGCCGGCAGCGAAGCCUGCUGCAAAGGCUGCUCCUGCCAAGAAAGCGGACUCCGAGGACUCUUCUGACGAUAGCGACAGCUCUGAGGACGAAAAGCCUGCCAAGGCAGCUGCUCCCAAGGCACCGGCCAAGGCUGCCGCCUCGAGCAGCGAGGACUCUAGCGACGAUGAUGAGGCGCCUGCUGUGAAGCCAACUGUCAAGAAGACCGCUGCCCCCGCCAAGGCGCAGGAGAGCAGCAGCAGCGACGACUCUGGCGAGGAAUCCGGCGAGGUGAAGCCCAAGGCGUUGGCCAAUGGCGGAGCAAAGCCCGCCCAGAAGCGCAAGUUCAGUGGUGGUGACCAGGACGACGCUACUCCCAACAAGAAGUACAACAACUUUGUCAAAUCGGGAGAUCAGCAGAACAAUAGUUUCACCUCCACACCCAACAACAACAACAACAAUAGCUGGAACAAUCAGUCCAACAACAGCGGAGGGGGAAGUGGCCGUAGACGGUCACCCUUCCGGCGGGUUCGCACCGAGGAGGUGCUCGUGGACAGCCGUGUCCAGGACAUGUCUUUCGAGGCGAAGGACGGCGGCUUCAAGAAGCACAACAACAAUGGACGUGGCGGCCGUGGCGGAUCCGGGUUCGCCGGACGUCCGGAUCGCAGCACCUGGGAGACCAACAAGAGUAACGGCGAGGAUGGCGGCGAGGGAGGCGGCUUCAAGAAGAUUGGCGAUCGCAAGAGCUUCGGAGGCUUCGACAACAAUCAGCGCGGUGGACGCGGAGGACGAGGCGGCGGCGGCGGACGUGGAGGAGGUGGCUUCGGCGGACGCGGAGGUGGUGGCCGUGGAGGCGGCGGUGGCUUUGGCGGACGUGGUGGAGGCGGCCGUGGAGGCGGCGGCUUUGGCGGACGGGGAGGUGGUGGCCGUGGGGGUGGCGGACGUGGUGGUGGAUUUGGUAACAAGUCCUUCGACUCGUCGGCGCCCAAGCCAAACAAAAAGAUCACGUUCGACAAUUAGAGUUAGUUUUAGUUAGCACCUCCCACCCGUAAACACCCAUACACACACAAACACAUCCUUGAUGCAGUAAUGUUGUUAUCGACUAACCUGUUUAUAUUAUUUGUAAACCACGAUAGAAAAACGCUGCCGGCUCUUGGGGCGAGCGGGCCAAUAAGGACCUGAAGCACACGCGCGGCAAGUCCUUCAAACACGAGAAGACCAAGAAGAAGCGUGGCAGCUAUCGAGGCGGCC